GAAAUCAAGCGAUGAUGAAAAGUCUCUCUUCUCUCUUAAUCAGUAGUGUUUGGCUUGAGCUCAACCCCUCAACUAGAAGUCAAACUGGAUGAUUGGUCAGAAUAGCAUUUGGACAGAGUUAAGCAAAUAAAAUCGUGUAGAAAUAGACACAUGAACAGCGCUACGUACAACCGGUGCAGCAUUAUGGUGAAAGUCGCCCUUUUCGCGGUGCCUUUGUUGGCUCUUUUCUGCGUUUACAUCAUCGGAGUUGCUGGAUCAUCGACGAACUCAGCAGCUGAGCCGGUGGAAGCUAUUAGACGCGUUAUCGUCGAUGUCGAUGCCGGCCCUGAUGAUGCUUGGGCCUUGUUUCAUCUACUGAGUGAUCCAAGCGUGCGCGUGGAGGCCAUCAGCUGCGUCAAGGGCAAUGCAAAUGUGACCAAUGUGGCGCGUAACGUUCUGAGGGUGCUGACCGCACUUGGGAAACAAAGUGAGAUCCCAGUUUACCUUGGUUCAAAUGAGCCACUAAUUACUCCUGAACCACCAUCUAGCGCAAACGGUGGUUUCUUCGGGUCAGAUGGAUUUUCCGAUAUCGAGUUUCCCGAUCUGCCGGAUCCUGAUAUGACACUUCUUAGAACCUCGACGCUCAAUGAUCUGAACAACCUGAUAGAGCAAUAUGCCAAUGAAAUAACCAUCAUUCAGUUGGGGCCCCUCACCAAUUUGGCUCUGUUGUUCAAUGUUUUCCCAGAAACGCGACACCGUAUUCGCGAAGUGUUCAUAAUGGGUGGCAAUCGACACGGAGUUGGCAACACCGAGAAGGCUGCUGAGUUCAAUUUCUACAGUGAUCCUGAGGCAGCACACAUCGUGAUCAACAAGUACGAGGGAAAUAUUACAGUUCUUCCAUGGGAAACGGCAUCACGGGAGAACUUAGUUGCUAAUCAGACGUGGCGAUUUGAAGUGCUCGGGAGUGCUUCCCAUCCUGUAAUUCAGAUACUCAACCCUGUGGAGAAAAAACCAUUGGGGGAGAAUGACAACUGGAUGCCUUGCGAUUUGCUGGUGGCGAUGGCGUUCACACAUCCUGAACUCGUUACGGAAGCGAAGCGCUACCGCGCUGAUGUUGAACUGCAUGGAUGGUUGACCAGAGGUCAGCUGGUGCUGGAUCAUAUGAACGAAGGACAGGGCGAUAUGGUCAUCAUAGACAAUAUGGAUAACGAAAGGAUUGUGCAGAUGUUAGUAGGACUGGCAAACAGUAAUACAAGCUAAGCUAAAUACAGUUGCUUAUUGACAUAAGUAUUUCGCUCAAAAAUUAAGAAAGGUUCAUUAAGUAUACUGCCUAUGAUCGCAUAUCAGUCCCAUCUUUGCUGAAUUUCCAUAUGGGACAUUUAUACGAUUUGUCGAUUUCCAACACAUCCUUCCAGAAGAUUAAUCAUAGCGAUAUUGUAGAGAUGAAAUCCUUUUCCAUUUGUAUAACAAUAACAUACCCCAAUGCACUAUAAGGAGUGCUGACGUUUCAUCACCUUUCUCUUUCAAGCGCAUAGGCAGAAUAGGAUUUGUUUUCAUCGGGAAACGUUUCCAGUCCAGGAUACAGAUUUACGCGGAAAUAUGCAUUUUACUCCAAAACUAUAUUUUUUAGAAAAACAUGUUAUUCUACAAAAUUGUUCGGAAGGCCAUCUCUACUUAUUGGCAUUACAUCCUCCACUGGGACAUUGCUGCCUCGCAGCAUAGAUUUCACUCUGCACUUCCACGGUUAUUAACUGCGAGGUUUCCAAGCCAAGGUACCAUUUUUGCAUUCUUAUAUCAUGAGGCUAACACGAUGAUAAUUUUUAUGCCCAGGAAAAUCGAGACAAUUUCCAAUCCGAAAAUUGCCUAAACUGGCACCGGGAAUCGAACCCAGCCACCGUCAGCAUGGUCUUGUUUUGUAGCCGCGCGUCUUACCGCUAAGCUAAGGAGGGCCCAAAGCCAUCAUUAUGGUAAUAUGAAAAAAAUAGUGUGGCCUAUUAUAUAUAUAUAUAAAUAUUUUUUUUUAUUUCUCGGAUACUGACAUGUAAUGUUCUACAAAGCUGUAACUGUAAACUUAGCUAAUAAAUCUUUUCUGUAGCUCUUAAGUUGGCUGAUUUAGAGUAAUUUCA